AUGCGAUCUGCCAUUCAUUUGCGACUGGCGUACGGCCUGUUGGCUAUUGGGUCUGCUGUUGCAAGCCCAUGCAAGCCUCCCACAACAACUUCUGCUGCAACCCCAGGUGCUGCCACCGAGACUUCAUUGGUCACUUCUGUUGCAUCGACCACUGAAGAUGUAUCAGCCACUUCCUCCGCGGUAGUUGAGUCCUCAGUAGAGACUUCUGUGUCUUCUGCCGAGACAACUGCUUCUUCCACCGAAGCAGCCGAUUCGUCCAUCACCAUUGAGACUUCUGCAACCUCAGCCGCCGAGACAACCUCAACCGCACCUAUUCCCACAUUCACGAUGUUUGCUUCAGGCUCAAACGCCGUGGCAGGCAGAAGUCUCCAAAGUUACGGCCGCGACAACGCCGUCGUCGUAUUCGACCCCGCCACUGACGAAGACAACCCCUCCGUUCGACAAUACUCCAUCGAUUCUCAAGGCAGACUCGUCAAUGACCUCGGCUGGUUCCUUUGUGGAUACUAUAGUGUGACAAACGAGGAGGUCAAUAAACCCGCGACGGUUGUGACAUGUCAUAGCGAGACCCCCUCGCAGACGGCUUUCUUGUUCGAUCAUUUGGUCAUACUUGGCAGAUUGGAAGCAGCGAUACACCUGCUAAUUAUGAACGUAUGA